AUGGUGUUGGAUGGGCAAUUUACGGUUGAAGCAGACCGUCUCACGGUAUCCAAGUUAGCAGAAGAGGUGUUGAAAGAGAAAAUCCAAAGGCUUUCUCUGGGGCCGGAACUGUGCAGUUUCCGGUGGUUUGUGGCCAAUAAGCCCAGACUGUUAGAUCAUCCCCGUGAAGCCCGGGACGUCACCAACUUUCUGCGGAGUUUCGCCUUUCCCAACCUGGCGGCUGCGGUCAAUGCAGACGGUUUGCUCUGUGCCACGCUCUCGGGGGACACUGCAAUGAUACGCGUGCUGGCAAACUCCCGGGCCGAUGUGAACCAGCGCGUGUCCUCUUUGACCGAGUUUGGUUUCGAGAAGGAUCAAACGCUUCUGAUGAUCGCCGCCAAGUCCUGCCAGCCGGCAGAGGUGCUGACCAGGCUGCUGGAGCUCCGUUGCGAUGUGACGCUGCGCGACAUCGAGGGCAACACUGCCAUGGCCUCUGCACGAUGUCCCGAACAGGUCCAGGUCCUGUUUGAUGCCCGCGCGGAUCUGCACAGCGGCCGGCAGCUGACACCUCUGCAGCUCUGCGCGGCACGUGCGUCGUUGACCACGCUGUGCAAGCUGCUGGAAACUCUGGGAGAGAUGGAGAUGGGUUGA